UAAUGGGAACCCACUAGAGGGAUGUCCCUGUCCUCUGUAUUCCCGGGAUACCACAAUGGAAGAUGAAGAGAUCCCUUACCAUGAUCAGGGUAAUGACCUGGUUGUUGUGAAAGUUAAGAUUAAAGAGGAAGAAGAAGAGAUGUUGGUGAGUGGAGAUCAGCAGUCUAUGGAGGAGGGGGAGAUGAUUAUGAAAACAAAACAGGAGGAAUCUUCUCUAGGUAUUGGCACAGAAGGACCCAAGAUGGAAAAUACCUUAGAGGAGGAUCUUAUUUUAUCUUCAGAUUAUUAUGUGGAAAAUUAUGAGUUUGCUGAAUAUUCUCCUGAAGUGAAUGACACGAGUCGGAUUCCACCCCACAGACCAUAUCAUGUGGAGACACCAAUGGAUCCCUCUAAUCCUGAGGAAUCUUCUGACCAAUCACAUUCUGUUACUUCAGACCUCCAUCUCCAUUCUCACAGUGUAGAUUCACCAACACGUCCAUCUAUACCCAAGGAGUCUUCUCUGAUCCAUGAAGGGUUUCCCACAGGAGAGAGUUCAUUAAUUUGUUUGGCAUGCAGGAAAUAUUUUAGCCUGAAGUCCGAACUUCUUCUACAUCUCAAAACUCACAACAACGUAACCUUUUCAUGUUCAGUGUGCGGAAAAUCUUUCACUGAGGAAAUAGAGCUUCUUCUACACCAGAAAAUCCACAUGGGCGAGAAUCCUUUUUCAUGUUUAGAGUGCGGGAAACACUUCACUAGAAAGGCAUACCUCCUUAUACACCAGAGGAUUCACACGGGUGAGCGCCCCUUUUCAUGUUCUGAGUGUGGGAAAAGUUUUAAUAAUAAAGGAAACUUGCACGCUCACCAGAAAAUCCACACAAAUGGGAAUCCUUUUUCAUGUUCACAGUGUGGGAAACUAUUUAAUAGAAAAACAAACCUCCAUGCACACCAGAGAAUUCACACGGGUGAGCGUCCUUAUUCAUGUUCAGAGUGCGGGAAAUGUUUCGCUGAUAAAAGAAGUCUUAAACACCACCAAAGAACUCACACGGGGGAGCGUCCGUUUUCAUGUCCAGAGUGCGGGAAAUGUUUCUCCGAGAGAGGAAAUCUUCGAAAACACAGGCGGAUUCACACAGGGGAGCGCCCUUUUUUAUGUUCAGUGUGUGGGAAAGGUUUCUCUGUGAAGGUAAACCUUUUAAAACAUCAGAGCACACACAUCCACUGAUGUUGCUGACAUAUGUACUGCUUUAUAUAGACAAUGUUAGUGAAUGGCGCCUCUACAGUCUACACGACCUGGAGAAUUUUUUCUGCACUAUCCUGAGAGAGAAACACAAGUCCACUAAAGGAAUCAAGAAUUUUAAAAGACAAAUGCUAUUUAACCAUUUGUGAACAUUGGAUGUGCCAUACAUUAUAUUACCAAAACUAUUGGGACGCCUGCCUUUACACGCACAUGAACUUUA